AUGAGAGACCAAAUUCGUCCGUUCAUUUGGUCAUCUAUUGGAGAUGGAAAGACCACAUCUGCUUGGUUUGAUAAAUGGUCUGAUGUGGAGCCGAUUGGGAAGUUUAUUUCGCCUAGAUUGAUUCAUCGGGCAGGUUUUGACCUGUACACCACAGUGGCGGAUGUGAAUCAAGAUGGCCAGUGGCGUUGGCCAGCUGCUUGGUUAGACCUUUUCCCUGUCCUAAACAACCUACCACAAAUGAACUUGCAGUCGGAUAGAAGAGAUUCGUUAGUGUGGAGGGAUAAUAGUGGAAGAGAUAAUAAGUUUUCAACUAAGGUGGUUUGGGACUCCAUUCGUAGGAGGAGCGCACGAGUUGGAUGGAUCAAAGCUGUGUGGUUUUCGCAUUGCAUUCCGAGACAUGCGUUUUUGAUGUGGCUGAUUAUGGGUCAGAAACUUAAAACUCAAGAUAAGAUUAAUCAAUGGAGGGUUUGGGACCAAACGAAGAAGCUUGGGGGCACUCAGUGCCUGUAUAAUCAAUGGGACGAUAUCCUCAAUUGGUUGACAACCCAGGCAAACUCAAAAUCAGCAAAGAAUGUUAUUGGUAAACUUGUGGUGGUGGCUACAGCUUAA